AUGGCGUCGAUGGAAAAAGUAUUUGCGGGUUACACCGCACGAUUGGCGGCGUUGGAGAUGACUUAUGAGACCAAUCCCUUUUCCAAAGGAGUGGCCUGGGUAGAAGGAGAACUCGUCCCGCUCUCCCAGGCACGUAUCCCGUUGAUGGACCAAGGAUUCCUGCACAGUGACUUGACAUACGACGUCCCUGCCGUCUGGGACGGACGCUUUUUCCGUCUUGAUGAUCACCUUUCCCGACUAGAGCUCAGCUGUGAGAAAAUACGACUCAGGCUCCCGUUGCCGCGGGAGGAGGUCAAGCGGAUCCUGGUGGACAUGGUGGCCAAGAGCGGGAUCCGCGACGCCUUUGUCGAAUUAAUCGUUACGCGAGGGCUUAAGGGCGUUCGGGGCUCCAAGCCCGACGAAAUGGUCAAUAACCUGUACAUGUUCAUUCAGCCUUAUAUUUGGGUUAUGGAGCCCGAGAUGCAACGGACCGGCGGCAGCGCAGUCAUCGCGCGGACGGUACGCAGGGUUCCGCCUGGCUCCAUGGACCCCACGGUCAAGAAUUUGCAAUGGGGUGACUUUACAAGGGGCAUGUUCGAAGCGGCAGACCGUGGCGCUACGUAUCCCUUUUUGACGGACGGAGACGCCAAUCUCACCGAGGGAUCGGGCUUCAAUAUCAUCGUGGUUAAGGAUGGAGUCCUUUACACCCCCGAUCGGGGUGUUCUGAAGGGUGUAACACGCAAGAGCGUCUUCGACGUUGCGAAGGCUAACGGCAUUGAAGUCCGCAUGGAGGUUGUGCCUGUGGAGAUGACAUACCACUGUGAUGAGUUAUUCAUGUGUACAACGGCAGGUGGUAUCAUGCCUAUUACAUCUCUCGACGGCCAGCCUGUAAAUGAUGGUCAGAUUGGCCCGAUCACCAAGACGAUUUGGGAUGGAUACUGGGCGAUACAUUACGAUUCAGCAUACAGCUUCGAGAUUAAUUAUGAAGGAACUCAAGAGAAUGGGGUUAAUGGCGUGAAUGGGGUUAAUGGACAUUAG